AAAGAAUAUUAGAUAAAGUGAGUGGGAUUGACUCAAUCGAGGAGAGAGAGAGAGAGAGAGAGAUAGCGAAGAAGGAUGGAAUUGCUUCCCGGUGGUGGUGGUGGAGCUCCGAUCCCGAAGAAACAAGGGUUCCGAUCACUGAAACCGGUGAACGCCGACAUGGAGCAAGUGCUGGCAGAGCAACCUGUUGGCGUGGACUACGGCACACUCGAUAAUGGCCUUCGCUACUACGUUCGCUGCAAUUCGAAGCCGCGCAUGAGAGCUGCUCUCGCACUUGCCGUCAGGGUUGGAUCAGUUCUGGAAGAAGAGGAUGAACGUGGAGUUGCUCACAUUGUUGAGCACCUUGCUUUCAGUGCCACUAAGAGAUACACUAAUCAUGACAUUGUUAAAUUCCUUGAAAGUAUUGGAGCCGAAUUUGGCGCUUGUCAGAAUGCUGUUACCUCUUCCGACGACACCGUUUAUGAGCUGUUGGUUCCUGUUGACAAGCCUGAGCUCCUGUCUCAGGCCAUUUCCGUUUUGGCUGAAUUCAGUUCAGAGAUUCGAGUCUCCAAAGACGACUUGGAGAAAGAAAGAGGAGCUGUCAUGGAAGAGUACAGGGCAAGUAGAAAUGCCACGGGGAGGCUGCAGGAAGCUCAUUGGAUUUUGAUGAUGGAAGGUUCAAAGUAUGCCGAAAGGUUACCGAUUGGACUAGAGAGAGUAAUUCGGACUGUUGCUCCUGAGACUGUGAAGCACUUUUACGAGAAGUGGUAUCAUUUGUGCAAUAUGGCUGUGAUAGCUGUUGGUGAUUUUUCUGAUACACAGGGUGUAGUUGAGUUAAUCAAGACUCAUUUUGGCCAGAAAAUUCCAGCGCCUAAUCCUCCACUUAUACCAACAUUCCAAGUUCCAUCGCAUGAUGAACCACGGUUUUCAUGUUUUGUUGAAUCUGAAGCUGCUGGGUCUGCAGUGAUGAUUAGUUAUAAGAUGCCAGCAGAUGAGCUUAAAACAGUUAAAGACUACAGAAAUUUGCUUGCAGAAUCCAUGUUCCUCUAUGCAUUAAACCAGAGAUUCUUUAAAAUAUCGCGUAGAAAGGAUCCGCCCUGUUUCUCCUGCUCAGCUGCUGCUGAUGUUCUAGUCCGUCCAUUAAAGGCUAAUAUAAUAACUUCAUCUUGUAAAGGAAAAGGAACUAUUGAGGCCCUGGAAUCAAUGUUAAUAGAGGUUGCAAGGGUACGACUUCAUGGCUUUUCAGAGCGUGAAAUAUCUGUUGUUCGUGCACUACUGAUGUCAGAUAUUGAAUCUUCCUAUUUGGAGCGAGAUCAAAUUCAAUCUACCAGCCUGAGAGAUGAAUAUUUACAACAUUUUCUCCACGAUGAACCUGUUAUCGGGAUUGAGUAUGAGGCUCAACUCCAAAAGACUCUUCUACCACAUAUAUCGGCAUUAGAGGUCUCCAAGUGUUCCGAGAAAUUGCGGACAUCAUGUAGCUGUGUCAUUAAGACCAUUGAGCCCCAACCAUCUGCUGUUGUUGAUGAUUUGACAAAUGUUGUUAAGAAAGUCAAUCUUCUCGAGGAAGAGGGUAGAAUCUCUUCUUGGGAUGACGAGCACAUUCCAGAAGAAAUUGUCAUUACAAAGCCAAAUAUGGGGCAUGUCGUGAAGGAAUUGGAAUAUUCAAAUGUUGGAGCUACUGAACUAAUUCUGUCAAAUGGCAUGCGUAUCUGUUAUAAACGUACAGACUUUCUCGAUGACCAGGUUAUCUUCACAGGGUAUUCAUAUGGGGGCUUGUCUGAACUCUCAGAGAGCGAGUAUUUCUCUUGCUCAAUGGGACCAACCAUUGCUGGGGAAAUUGGUGUGUUUGGUUAUAGACCAUCUGUCCUAAUGGAUAUGCUUGCUGGUAAGAGAGCUGAAGUUGGUACCAAGAUUGGUGCAUAUAUGAAAACUUUUUCUGGUGACUGUUCACCUUCAGACCUGGAAACUGCUUUGCAGCUUGUCUAUCAGCUGUUUACAACAAAUUUAACACCAGACGAAGAAGAUGUCAAAAUAGUGAUGCAAAUGGCUGAAGAGGCGGUCUGUGCUCAAGAUAGGGAUCCAUACACUGCUUUUGCAAACCGUGUAAAGGAGCUUAACUAUGGAAAUUCCUAUUUUUUCAGGCCUAUUAGAAAAAGUGACCUACAAAAAGUGGAUCCACUGAAAGCUUGUGAAUACUUCAGCAAAUGUUUCAAAGAUCCAUCAACUUUUACUGUUGUGAUUGUUGGGAAUAUUGAUCCUACCAUUGCACUGCCCUUGAUAUUGCAGUACCUAGGUGGAAUACCAAAACCUCCUGAACCUAUUAUGAAUUUUAACCGUGAUGAGCUGAAAGGAUUGCCUUUCACUUUUCCGACAACCAUCUAUAGAGAAGUGGUCCGGAGUCCAAUGGUGGAAGCACAAUGUUUGGUGCAGCUAUGCUUUCCUGUGGAACUGAAGAAUGGAACCAUGGUGGAAGAGAUUCACUUGGUUGGGUUUCUGAGCAAGCUUCUUGAAACAAAAAUAAUGCAGGUUCUCCGAUUCAAGCAUGGGCAGAUAUACUCUGUCGGUGUUUCAGUAUUCCUUGGUGGUAAUAAACCGUCGAGAAUAGGUGAUGUUUGUGGUGACAUUAGCAUAAAUUUCUCUUGCGAUCCAGAGAUAUCUUCCAAGCUGGUAGAUUUUGCUUUGGAUGAAAUGUUGCGUCUUCAAGAUGAAGGGCCAUCAGAGCAAGACGUUUCAACAAUACUUGAAAUUGAGCAAAGAGCUCAUGAGAAUGGACUGCAGGAAAAUUAUUAUUGGCUGGACAAGAUUUUACACAGCUAUCAAUCAAGGGUCUAUUCUGGUGAUGUUGGCACUUCUUUUGUGAUCCAAGAUGAAGGGCGAUUAAAAGUUAGAUCAUCCCUUACACCAUCAACUGCACGGUUGGCACUACAGAAAAUAUUGCCUUUUCCUUGCAAAAACCAGUAUACUGUAGUGAUUCUAAUGCCCAAGUCAUCUCCCUUUAAAUUACUGAAAUCAGUAUUCCAAUCUACUCGAACAAACUAUGGCAGAAAAACAAAGAUUUUAGUCGGAAUCGCUGGCCUGGCAGUUUUGGCCUUUAGUUUGUUGAGGCAUUCACGGAGUGCCCAAAAUAACAGCAAACAUUAGCUUCGCAGAGCCCUGAAUUAGAAGUUUUCCAACAGCAAUUCUUUACUUCAUAAAGAUAAAAUGUGCGUACCAACAUUGUAAGAAUAGAUCAUACAUAACACAGGUUAGUUAGGAGGCAAAUUAGGUGUGUUGAAAUGAAUUAUUUGUACAUUGAUUUUAUGUUUUGCACAGAAUUGUAUCACUCAGCUUCACUUGCAUACAAAAAUAUUUGGAAACCGGAUAAUAGGGCAACAUUUGUGUUCAUGACUCUGGUUAUAUUCUAAUCUUUCAGAAAGUUGCUC